GUGUGAAAAUGCCUUUAACUGCAUAUGCAGGGUCAUGUGUUCGUAAUGCAAAGAAACAGGGUAUUCAGGUAUGAUAUAUAUAUAUCAUUUAAAACAACAGAUAAAUUCAAAUACGAGAUAAAGCAACGUAUUUUUGUAUUUUGUGAAAAGUAGGGGUUUUAGAGAGGUUUUCUCAACGUCUUUCUCUGUGAUCAUAGAGGACACGCUACGCUAAACACAACCCAUUGGAGGCUUAGUGGUCAUGAUUCCUGCACAUGCGCAUCUACAGAAGUACCCUCAGUGUCAGUGACGUGAACACAGCGAAGGGAGAUAACUUCACGUGUCAGGUUGUUAUAGGACGGAGAGCGGUGUCAGGAUGGAGUGAAGCGUUUAUACUGGAUAAACAAUCUGGGUCUGGUGAAAACUACACAGUAGUUCGUGAAGGACACAGUGCAUUCAUUACUUGGAGGAUGCCGUUGGUUUAUUGGGAGUUCUCUGUAAGGACACCUAAAGAUACAUGGCUCUUUUAUAUAAAAUCACCUUGGGUCUACAUCCGGUAUUCCUACCGAACGAGAGUCAAUAUAACGCAGAUAACAACGUCAGCUAAUUCAGUCAUCCUCCAGUUCUGGCUACACAAUACAGCACAAGAGGAUGCGGGAAGAUACCACUGUUCAAUUCCCAAUUGUCAGCACAUGCUGUAUGUACAAGGGAAACCCGCUCACUCAUACAUCAGCGCCGUUGUCAACACCAACAACAUCGUUUUGACAUGCGAAACCAAGUCUUCCAUUGUACCUGUGGACCAUUAUCUUAGAAUGAUGUACACGUGGAAGAGAAACGGACAAGAGGUAGUGAUUGGAGGGAGGUUCCACGCUUCAGGACACAACCUGGCUGUGACUGACGUGAAGAAAGAGGACCUGGGCAACUACUCAUGUCAAUCUACAGAGGAAGGUCUGGCAUCCAACUGGAGUGAUACAGUCGAUCUCCACAUGCUAGCAAAACUUGAAGUUGGAGAACUGACGGUGAAUGGAACAACAUGCACAACUGUAAAAGAAAAUCAAGUUGUCGUCUUCAGGUGUAUGGUUGAGGGUCCUCCAUUCGCAGCUGUGUCUCUUAUUCAGGAAAGUACUUUGGUCUCAGUGAAUAUGUCCAGGACACAACAGCAUGUGUAUGAACAUGCUAUGGUCGUACGGAAGUGCUCUCAGCUCGGUGUGUAUUCUUGUAGAGCCACGAAUGUUGCUGGUGAAUCAGAAUAUGGGCAACAUACAGUUGUCUUGAAAGGAACGCCACGUGAACAAGCAUCACAUGCUUCUGUGAUCAUUGGAAAGACUCAUUCGUUGGUUAUCAGCAUUACGCUGUGUUCAUACCCUGGACCAUCGAAACCAAAACUGGGCUUCACACCGUCAGGCAAUCUUAAAGAUAUUACCGACAUAAAGAAGUAUGACCUGGCAACCAAGAAUAUAACACACAAUGUAUUUGAAUAUUCAUUCAGUAUACAUAAUAUCACCGACGCAGACUUUGGGGUAUACAAAUUCAGUGUGGUAUAUAAUCACUCUUCAACUGAUUUCAAUAUUCCUGCCUCCAAAAUAACAGAUAUUCCAGGAAGGAGUCUACAUCUUGUUGUUGGUUGUUCAGUAGCCGCGAUCGUUAUAGUCCUGGCCAUCAUUGCUGCUGUCAUCCUGUCACGACUCAACCAGAUAAGAGACUACUGGCACCUAAGAUUUCGAUCGUACAUCACACCCAUGCAGAACAUGCCAGAACAUAUCGAUGAUGGAGAGUAUGCUGAAAUCGACGAUGCUGAUUUAUCUGGUCGUGGAGCAGGCAGCAUCGUGCAACCUGUUGUUGAUGUCCCGGAUGAUAACAACAUUCCACCUGCAUGCAGUGCAACACACAGGCGGGAAAGGCAACACCUGGAAGGUGAGGAUGAUGAUUAUGAAGAGGUGAGACCCAUAGAUGCUACCAACAGAGAAGAACACCUAACAGGGCAAGGCAGGACAGCUGAAAUGCAGCAGCCUGACAUGGAAAUUAAGGAAGACAUUACGGAUGAGAUAAUCAUGACAUUACCUGGCUCCCAUACUCAUUCAGAACCCAGGAUUGUUGUUUCUGAUUGGUCGGCUGAAGGACGAGAAUCUGGACAUAUGGCAGCAGCGAUAAUAGAUCAGUUUCAAGAAACAAGCUUCAUGACUCAAGAACCUGACGAAACAGACACUGACAAGUUACCCUUGGUCAGUGGAAUGUAUGCUGGAAUAGAUGGGAUAACAGCAAUUAAGGCAGAAGAAGAUGAUCCCUUGGAGGAAGGAAGAGAGGAUUAUGUUGAAAGUGAACCUCUUGAUUUGCCUUGCAACAGAUAUGCGAGUCUGAUGCCGCACCAACCUCGAGAUACUUACACAGCCUUGGACAAUGAUGAUGAUAUUACGCAUGAUUAGUACUCAAACAUGUGUCGCAAGUACUGUGUAAAACCCGUAAAAGAGGGAAAAUUAAUAUCAAUAAUGUGGGUUAUAAUGUUGUUGAAUUAAAUUUGCUCUGACAUUCAGAUCAGCCCGAAGUGUUUAAUCUGGUCAGUGUAUGUGUUCAGGUAUCACUACUUGACUUAUAAAACAUAAUUUUUGCACUUGUUUUACAUGGAGAAAACGUGUGUAUAUGCGUCAACUGUACAUAUUUUGAGAAGUAUAAACCAAAUAUGACUUGUAUUAAAGAAUCGCUACUUUUUGUGCGCAGUUAUCGAAGGACAACGCUCUCAAAUUGUUUAAAACCGCAAAAGAAAUCCAUUGCAAGAAUACUUCGAUAAAUCUACGUCAUGUGUAUGGAGGUAAGGCAUGACGCGUACUCUGCCACAUGUUACAAGUACUUGGUGUUAAUAUCGUGGGUACACACACAUGUAUCACUGUCUUUUUGUAAUGAGUGCUUUGCUAUAAGGCCAAGAGAGAUAAUCAUUUGUAUAUUAACCUGUAAUACUGUCAGUAUAUAUUUUAUAUAUAUGUUUGUGUUGAUUUAUUAUAAACUGUAUAAAAUGUACACAGAUUAUUUGCUAAAGAAUGGAAUUUGAUAAUUCAUGUAUCUACUUUGCUGAUCAAGUGAAAGACCUGGGCGUGUCCUUAGAUUCAAUCUUGUCACUCGAUUAUCAUGUACCUCAUCUUGUCAAAACCUGUUUCACGUCACACCGCAACAUUUGACAUAUUCGCCAAUGUUUUACAGUUGAAUCUGCCAAGACUCUUGUAUUAUUAAUUGUAAUGAUUUAACUUGAUUAUUGUAACUAUUUACUGGCCGGUGCAUCAAACACCCAGAUAGCAAAGCUACAGAGAGUGCAGAACGUCGCCGCCCGCAUCGUGACUCGCUCUGGAAAAUAUGAACACAUUACUCCUAUACUGUACACUCUCCACUGCCUCAAGGUUAAACUCCUAUGCCUUCUUUUCCGCUGUCUCACUGGAACUGUGCCUUCCUAUGUAUCCAAUCUUCUGACCGUGUACACGCCUUCCCGAUCUCUCCGCUCACAGGAUAAGAACUUGCUUAUUCUUGACAGUGCAGUAUGGAAACAGGUCCUUUGUCCAUGCAGGAUCAAUGGCCUGGAACAGCCUCCCACAGAGUCUCAAAGACUGUUGUGACCUUUCAUACCUUUAAAUCCAAGCUGAAAAAGCACAUGUUCAAGAUAGCCUUUGAACUGCAGCUCUUUCCCUUACUUGCAUUUUUAUUUGUGCGCUUUGAGCAUGCAUAAGCAUGGCUAUAUGCGCGUUACAAAUAUGUUAUUACUAUUAUAAAUACCGUUUGUAUUGAUGCUAUUGUGGUAUAACCAGCAAUUAGCAGUGUGUUUUUUGUUACAAGCACUUAGAAAGAUCAGGAGAGGAGAAUGCAUACAGUGAUCUGUCUUUUUGUAGACUGAGUGUUUUGUUCUAUUAUUUAGAUGUGUUGCAAAUUCUUUAUUUCUUCAAAUAUUAAUAAGUUUAGCAUUACUUACAACGCUUCAUAUAUGUGUUUUGAAACAAUGGAAAUGUGCUACUAAAGGCUGUUAUAAAUAAACUGUACAUACUUUCUAUAUUAUGAGUCUAAUACACUGUAUAUAUGUCUAGCAAAUACACUGUAUAUAUAUAUAUUGAGAUAUUUUUUUACUGUCAGUUUUAGACAGGUUUUUAUAACGUUAACAAAUGUCCUUUUUAUUAUACAAAUUGUCCUCAAUUACAUGGAACGUUACAAACUGAUCAGCAUGAUACUCGGAGCAAGCUUUCGGUAAUCUGAGUUUGAAACAAAUAGCAUAAGUUUAAUUCGGAAAAUAUUAAAGCAAUGUAGUGAAUCAUUCACUUAUUCAUUAUUCGUCAUAAAUACGCCAACGAUUUAGAUUAGUGUCAAAUAUUAUUUUACGAACUUUAACAUAUAUUUGUACAUAUAACUGUUACAUAUAAUAACAUGUAUUUGACUAAAUUUUUAAUUACAUUAUGUUCCGUGAUAGUUUCCACAUACUAGUACCACAAAGCCUUAAAUAGUCAGUGGGAAAAUUAUUUUGGUAUCAAGUUCAGAUAUUCUUUUUCCGCUUUAGACGACUGGGAAACACUGAUAAUGCUGAAUGACCCGAUCUGUUUCAUUAUGAGAAUGAUUUCCUGUUUACAUUUACAUUAAAUUUAGCUUUUAUAUCAGCUUGUUUCCAACUUCUUAUGUUAAUAAAUACCUUAAACGGC